GCGAGCAUUAAGGCACCGCGCAUGCGCCGAGCCCAUGUGAACAUUUGUGCAGUAGAUUGAACUGUAGAAAGUCUAAAGCGCUGGACGUGUCAAGAAGUGUCAGUCAUGGCUUCCGUGGUCAGGAGGAUCAUCUGCAGCGCUAAGGCACCGGCUGCCAUUGGCCCAUACAGUCAAGCAGUGGUGGUGGAUAAGACCAUGUAUGUAUCUGGGCAGCUUGGCAUGGAUCCUGCAAGUGGGCAGCUUGUACCCGGUGGGGUGAAGAACGAGGCAAAGCAGGCAUUGGUGAAUAUGGGUGAAAUUCUUAAAGCAGCAGGAUGUGAUUACACCAAUGUUGUGAAGACUACAGUGUUAUUGGCAGAUAUCAACGACUUUAAUGACGUUAAUGAGAUUUACAAGCAAUUUUUUCAGCACAAUUUCCCUGCAAGAGCUGCUUACCAGGUUGUUGCUUUGCCAAGAGGGGGACGAGUAGAAAUUGAAGCUGUCGCUGUCCUUGGGCCGAUCACUGAGGUUUCUAGUUCCCUGUAAAAAACCAGUUACAUAGAAUCGUCUUUUUCCUUAGUAUUGCAUAAAAACACUGUACAAUGGGUUAAACAUUCCUAAUGUUUAGUGCCAAGAUGCUUCCGGGACAUUGUACAUGAUAUCUGAUCUGUGCAUAGGUAUUAAUGACUGGAAUAAAUGUUACUUUUCUUUUUAUCAAAUGUA